CGUGGAAAAGUCUUGCGUGUGAAUGUGUGUACACAAAAUUCCAAGACUGGAAAUUCCUAUUUUGUAAUGGAGUCAUUGUAAAUUGUCGGAAUAUUGUGAGUGUUUUCGUCGUAUUUGGAACCUGAAACGUAAAUGACAUAGACUAUGGUGUGAACUAGGUCAGCGAAGAGUUCACCCAGGAUGCCUAGCAAGGUGUAUUCUCAGACCGCCCGGUCUGGGCGGUCAACAAGGUCUGCUAAAUCGGCUCGUUCAGCUCAUUCUUCCAGACCACCACCAAACACUGGCAACGGCAAACUGACAACCAACUCAAGACGUUCCUACAAACGUCCUGCAUUACCAAUGCCUGUAAACAAUCGUCAUUGGCCUGAAGAGUUUGGCUUCACAAUCGCUGGUGAUGCACCAGCGUAUAUUAUAACUGUUCAACAAGGCAGUCAUGCCCAUUCAGCUGGUUUACAACCAGGGGACCAGUUGGUUGAGUUGAAUGGUAUAAAUGUGACACAACGCACAGCGCAAGACAUCCAAGGUAUCGCAAAGCAUUGCCCUACUGUACCACCAAGUAUUGUGGUUGUCUCUUGUGUCAAGACAGUGGAAAUAUUGCGUGAUUCUAAAGGGCGCUUUGGAAUGACAGUGAUUGGGGCAGGACCAGUGUAUGUUGAAGUAACUGAACCUCAUGGUACUGCAGCUCAAGGAGGUUUAAGACCAGGGGACAUGAUUCUUGAAAUAAAUGGAUUACCCAUAAGACACUCUGAUGACACUAAAGUAUUUGUACGAGGAUCUCGAAGACUGAGGAUGCUUAUUAUCCCUGGUGCUGGUCACCAGAAUGUUCGUAAACUCGCCCAGAAGUUUGAAAUACAAGCUAAGGAUCGGUCAACAAGGGCGGAGCAGUUCUUCAGAAAGUUGGAUGGUGUUUUCUUUGAUGAUCGACCACGAAAAGAUGCCCUGGUUGCAGUAUUGAAGCAAUAUGCUAAAGACAAGAGGGUUGAUCAUUUUGGCCGUGCUCUGGCUACUCUUCUUACUACACCAUCACAAAGAUUACUCUUUGAUGAUAUCAGAAUAUUCGUCCCACCAAAACACCGAGAGAGAUUUGACUUUAUGGUCACUCAGGGUGCCCCCAGUGCAGGCAGGAGAGUGGUUCAAAUUGACCGAACUGGUGGUUCCUUUGGUUUCAUGCUGGUUGGCCAUAGUCCUGUCACUAUUGAAUCUGUUGAUCCUAGUGGUCCUGCUGAGAAGGCUGGUUUACAUCCUGGGGAUCGUAUUAUUAGACUGAAUGGACUUGAUGUUCGAAAGAAGACUCAUGAUCAACUGAUUGUAUUAUUGAAAGGCAGUGGGAGUGCACCAACAAUAGCUAUAGAGUCUGGACAACCUAUCCCAUCAAGUGGUUAUUCAAGUGCUCCAUCUGUUACAACCCGUAGCACAGCUCGUAGUUUGACCACAGCCAGUGAAGUAUCUUCAGUUUCUAAUUGGCUCUCUGAAUCUGUCCAUAGUAAAGGACAAGUAGCUGAAUUAGGAGAUGUCAAAACAGGUCCUAUGUCCAGACAAGACUUGUAUGCUGUGGGAAGAACCUUUAAGGAAAUGAUGGAGCAUCAUCUUACUGGUCAGGAAAGGAAGAUGGUUAAGAGAGCUUUACAAGAGUAUCAUCAAUGCAGAAAUCUUGAUGGUUUGAUAGUGGAGUUAUUUCCUGUGCUUGAUACCAACGCUAAGAGGACAUUGUGGCCUUACAUCAUCCAGAUCCUACCAGAAGAAGAGCAAGAAGUCUGUAAGAGGAAAGUCAUUUAUCUUAUCGAUCGUCAUGCUGCAGAUGCAGUAUAUGGUGCCCAGGGUCAAUGGUGGAUGCGUCCCUCCAAUGGACAUCCUGAAGAGGCAGCCUCUUUACGCUACACUAAAUCUCCAUUUAAUCGAGGGGCUAGUUAUGAUGUUGCACCUACUACUGGGGAUAUUAUAUUUGGAAGGAGGGAAGAGGAUUUCCAAUCAGUGGCUGAUGCAACUAUGCUGCUAGAACAAGAUCAAUAUGAACGAGCUAGAAGGAAUCAUCGAUUUGAUUUUGAGGAACCACCCCAGUUACUUAGCAACCGCCGAACAGACCUAUCCUAUGAUACCCGAUACCCUCUUCCCGACUCAAGUGUCAUCUCAGGGAGUCGCCCAGAUGACAUAAAUGACUCUUACCCAGUCCCCUCCUUCCCUGAAACACCUGGCUACCAUCCUCAGCGUAGAUAUUCACGCCAAUAUUCACCCGACUAUUAUCAGUCAGAUAAUUGGCCAAGACAUGAACGUCAAUCUAGACGUGAUUAUAGCCAAGGUGAAUCAAGGCAAAGGAUGCCACGACCACGUAGUAUGGGUGCAUUGCCAAGAGCGCAUAGGGAGGAGAGGCAGAGGUUUAAAAGUCAAGAGCGCCCUCAACAUGUAAGACCUCGUAGUGUUGGUGAAGCCCCACAGCAUUACAAUGAUGACUAUUACGAUUCAAGACGUCAUCAAUCCAUGGCAUACUACUACGGUACAGGACCAAGAAUUCAUGGUCACACAGACGUCUUAUCUGGGAAUCCCAAUGUAUACCCCAUACCAAAGGAUUAUCUUGGGGAUGAUUCUCUGGAUCAAACACCAUCGUCCCCAUCAGAUGAAGCGACAUCAGAGGGACAAUCCAAGGUUCUUCAUGGCAUGUAUUUGCCAGGAUUCAGUGAAGAUGAGAAUGAAGAGACAGAUUUGACUGACUAUCCCUCAGUGAGUGAGGUUUCUUAUUCUCAUCGCCACCAUCGUCAUCCUCAUCAUCAUAAACCACCUCUACAUCCCAAAGAACCCUCACCCAAGCCAAAACCUCGUCAUUCCAAGUAUUCUCCGAAUGUUGGGUCUGAGGCUGGCCCGUCUGCUCGUCGCCCUAGUCAUGAUAGAAGAAAACGAGGCAGUAUUUAUACCGUAAAUCCUGAGCAGCUUCAAGUGGUGACAAGCAUGCUGUCAGAUGAAGAUUCCGUCUCAAUUCAAAGUUCUUCCAGACGUCAGCCACAUCACUCCUCUCCUGAUCAUCCAGGAUUUAACGCUAAUAACAACACAUCCCUCCUGAAUGGUCGAAUGGUUCAACACUUCCCUGGUCCUUCAUCUAUUACAGUUCCUCCUGAUGCAAGAUCUGGGUAUGCAUCAUCUGUAGAAGGAGGAGAUCAUUUAAGACGUGGUCAAAGACCUGUUACUUCAACCCCUCAUAAUGGACGCCCUGUCUCCCCACCUGCUAGUUUUAUCUCUCAUGCCAGUAGCCGCUACUCGCUAUCAUCUCAUCAUUCAAGCUCACGAGCUUCUGUCUUGAUGAAUGGAUCACCUCCACAGAGACCCACUGCCCCACCACCCCCUCCUCCCCCUCCCCCACCUCCCCCUCCAGCUCCACCCACUCCUGAAAUCAAUAAUAAUAACGGACAGAACUGGCCAGCUGGAAAGAUGACAGUCAAGAGAUUAAACUGGGAGAAAUUACCUGAUACUGAGAACACUGUCUGGAGUGGGAUCAGUGAAACUGAAGACUAUCUCGCUGAUGUUAUUCAGCAUCUAGAACUGGAAGAAAAAUUCAGUGUCAAAAACAAAAAGAAAGUUUCCCCCAAAGAGAAGAAGCCUCAGAUUGCUGUGAUCAACCAUAAGAAAGCUCAUAAUACAGCCAUUUUACUUGGUCAUCUUCGACUGCCUAUUGCUGAAAUCAGAGCUGAGAUUCUAGCGAUGAGUACAGAGAAGUUUUCCCAGUCCCAUUUGGAGCAGAUGGCUCUCUAUGCUCCAGACGACCAUGAGAUUGAGAAGCUGAAACACUACAGUAACAAGGUUUCUCAGCUGACUCUGCCAGACAAGUUUGCAUACGAGAUGAGCCAGUUGCCAGGUUACAAGCUGCGUAUUGAGAGCUUGUUAUUUAAGUCUAGUUUUGAUGAGAAAAUGGAAGAGGUUUCUAAGUUGCUGAAGGUGAUAGAGAAAUCUGCGGUGGAGCUUCGAGCGAGCCAGAAACUCGCUAAAGUCCUUGAGUUGGUGUUAGCGAUGGGAAACUACAUGAAUAAAGGAAACCAGAGAGUGGCAGGAGCAACAGGAUUUAAAAUCACAUUCCUGACUGAGUUAGAUACAACCAAAACAGCAGACAAUAAGUCUACAUUCCUUCAUGUUGUUGCUAAGGCAGUAUAUGCUAAUGUUCCAGAGGUCAUAACCUUUGGAGAUGAGAUCCCUAUGGUACCUAAGGCUUGUAAAGUGUCUCUUAGAAUGGUUAAUGAUGAACUUCAAGAAAUGAAGAAUAAGCUAGAGGACUUAAUAGAUCAGAGUGAGCAGCUUGAACCAAGAGAAGAUGAAGAUCUACCUGAGGAUAAAUUCACUCAAGUUAUGAAUAGUUUUAGUUGUGAAGCGAGAGAUCGUCUUGCAGUUACUGAGAAUCUUCACAGUAAAGCUUAUGAGGCUUUCAAUAAAACAGCACAAUAUUUUGGCGAGGAUCCUGAAAGGACAGAAAGUGAUUCUUUUUUUGGAAUCUUCUCAGUGUUUACCACCAAAUUUGCGAAAGCACACGGUGAAAACUUGCAAAAAAUUGCAAAAUCUCCCCGAGAUGUUUAGAGAAGAAGGUUGCAAGCGACAUCACCAGUCAAGGGUUCAUCUGAUCUCUGUAUUUCAUGAACACACUUUCCUCAUGUAGAGUGGGAUGAUUAUUGUACAGCUUAGUAAAUCCAUAUAUCUUAAAUGCUUCAAUGGGUUUAGUGAUAUCUUAAAUGCUUCAAUGGGUUUAGUGAUGACAAGUCAUGACUAGGGUCAGAGUGCAAAGUGUCUGAACUCAAAGUAAAUGAAUAAUGAGUAACAAAACUGGUGUUUAUCAAAUGUUAAUAUUAUAAAUAUUAAUUAAAUGAUUUCCAAAAGACCAAUCUGCGUUUAUCUGCAGCAAGUUUGACAUACUGGUUUGUGGUUUAGUUUGUUGUUGAUGAUUAGAUGCAAGGCUAAGGAAAUUUACAAUGUAAAAUGGAUGACCUGUAAUUGCUAAAUCUGUGAAGUAAAGUUUGUUUAUCCAGGUGUCUUGCCCUUUGUGUUUGGCUACAUAUGUCAAUAUGCCAUGUUAAAUGCAUUUAUAACACAUGCAUUGUUUUGAAAAGUUGAGUGUUUAACCCAUUUUAAAUUAUGUGUAAAUUUGUACAGCCAUUUUUGUAAAAUCUAUUGUAAUGAUCGUGUGUUUGUGUGUUAAUGUAGCAUAGAUAUAUUUGCAAAACAUUUGCUGCAGGUUUGCUUUUAUUCUGCUAGUGUCCACGAUUUUAACCAUUUAAAGGUUUAAGCUAAUAUGCUUGGAAUAGGUUUUCCAUACCAAUUGAACUAAAAUCUGUUCUAGAAUUGCAAGGGUUGUGGGUUGGAAUCCCACUCGAGUAAUAUGCCUGUGAUAUUUGUUUUCACAGGA